GAAAACGUCUUGUCAUGUCCCUUCGCGGGUUCCGUAGUUGCUUUAGUUUACAGUCUGUGAAAAUUUGACAGUUGAGACACGAUGAUACGUUAAUGAACUAAUCAAAACUAUUAGAAGACGUUGUGCAACUCUUGAAUUUACAAGAUAUUUUUCUCAGAUAUGUUUUUUUUUAUUUCAGCCUCUUGUUUUUCUUGGUCGUUGCGUAAAAACGGUUAACCUGACAAUAUCAACCCACCGUUAGCUUCUUGUUAAAACUCAGUGUUAGCAUGGUAAAAAGACACGAUGUUGGCACUGUUGUCGAGAGUUAAAGCAGUGUGUUGGCCAUCCGCGGAGAUAAUUUCAAGAUGCAGUUUAGGACAGGACAUCAGUAAAGAAGCAUGGAGUUUGUUCCGUCUAAAUUGUCCCCCAGAAUCAGCGCUGUGGAGGCGGAUAGGGGGCGGUUUCAGAGGGGUCUGCACCUCCACUGCACUUCACGGUAAAGUUCGGGGAAACAAUAAGAAGGAGAUGUCUGAAAAGAAACUGACCCGUCACUUUGUGGACUAUCGGCGUGUGAAGUUAGUUGCCGGUUCAGGGGGUAAAGGUGCCUGCAGCUUUCACAGCGAACCCCGUAAAGAAUGGGGCGGGCCAGAUGGAGGGAACGGAGGCGAUGGAGGAAGCAUCAUUAUAAAGGCCAAUCGGUUUGUGAAAUCAUUGGCCCAAGUGAUUCCAGUUUACAAAGCAGAGGAUGGGCAGUCGGGGGGCAACAAGAACUGUUACGGUCGAAAUGGCAACACAAGCUACAUUUCUGUACCAGUAGGAACUGUGGUGAAGGAGCAAGGUACAACCAUAACGGACCUUACUGAGCAUGGCCAGGAGUAUUUGGCAGUAUUCGGAGGUGCCGGUGGGAAGGGUAAUCGGUUCUUUCUGUCAAAUGAGAACCGGGCGCCUAUGAUGGCAACCCCGGGUAUGGCAGGCCAGGAUCGAGUUCUUCAGCUGGAGCUACGCACCAUGGCCCAUGCUGGACUGGUUGGCUUUCCAAAUGCUGGCAAAUCAUCACUGUUAAGAGCCAUCUCCAAUGCCAGACCGGCUGUUGCUUCCUACCCCUUUACAACACUCAAUCCACAUGUAGGAAUCGUUGAAUACAGGGAUCAUGAGCAAGUUGCAGUUGCUGACAUCCCAGGCAUCAUUCGAGGAGCCCAUUUGAAUCGAGGCCUGGGGAUCUCCUUCUUACGUCACAUUGAGCGCUGUCGCUUCCUCCUCUUCGUCCUCGACCUGUCGGCGGCAGAGCCCUGGACCCAGCUGCAACACUUGUUUUAUGAACUGGAGCAGUAUGAGCCUGGUCUGUCCCAGCGGCCUCGGGCCAUUGUUGCCAAUAAAAUGGAUCUACCAGAGGCCCGGGAGAAGCUGGAGACCUUGAAGAGCCAGGUUACACAGCGGGUCAUCCCCGUGUCUGCUCUGACAGGACAAAAUACUGAGGAGCUCAUCCUCCACCUUAGAGAGCUAUACGAUGGCUACCUCCAAGGAGACGGCAGCAGGGGAGUCGAACCAAUUAGGUGGUAGAAGACAAAUAUAAUACCUGGUCAAUGUUUUUGUAUUUAAAUUUCUUAUAAAUAAACAACAAAAAUCUAGAUUUGGUGUCCUAUUGAAAUAUUGCUUCAUGUACAAACUACAGUCAAAAAACAUUUACAGUGCAUUUUAAUACAUUAGAAUAUCAAAGAAAAGGUCAUUUAUUUUAGUAAUUCAAUUUAAAAAAGUGCAAUUCUAUAGAUUCAUGCUUACAGAAUGAUAUAGGGAAAAUAGUAAUAGAACUAAUUAAUAUAAAUUCAGUUUCAACACUUUAAGACCCCUAAAAAUAGUUUUUAAAACAGAAUUUUCAGCUUCUAAAAGUAUCCUCAUGUAGUGUUUGUUCCUCCGCAGUUCUCUUGUGGCUGCAGUUAUCUCUAUUGUUUCUGUGCAUUUUUAUACCACAGUUUUUCCUUCCACUCAGUUUUCCAUCUGUAUAUUCACCUAAAGCAUUUAGUAAACAGCCAGCUUCUUUGGCAAUGUCAGUUAUGUUGAUUGCUUUCCUUUUGUACGGUGUUAUUGACUGCUGGGCAACUGCGAAACUGAAUUGUAAGUUUUACAAAAAUAAAUGCUGGAGACAUAUCA